AUGACUUACCAGACCAUCAGCAUGGGUGAAAGUGCCUCCAACCGGGACCCUGGUACCUCGGAGGGCUCGUCAUCGGACAGGCCUAUGCUUGAUUCCAUCGAUUCCACUCCAAACCGCGGAGCUCUCGCCACAUCCCCGCAGAGCUUCACUCCGCGCUCACUGCUCGUCGGUCUCAUAAUAGGUGCCCUUAUCACCUUCUCGAAUACCUACUUCGGCUUGCAGACAGGAUGGAUCAGUACAAUGGCGAUGCCGUCGGCCCUGAUUGGAUUCUCGGUCUUCAAGGUCCUGUCAAAACAUCUGUCUUUCCCGUUCACCCCGGUCGAAAAUGUAUUGAUCCAGACCGUGGCUGGUGCAGUGGGGACCAUGCCACUUGGAUGCGGAUUUGUUGGUGUCAUACCCGCGCUCGAAUUCUUGCUGAAGCCCGGUGAAGAUGGACCCGAAGGCGAUGGCGGAGAUGGAGAGGGUGGCCCUUUGAAUCUGAGCUUCUGGAAGCUUGUGAUCUGGAGUCUUGGAGUCUGCCUUUUCGGAGUUGUCUUUGCUGUUCCGCUCCGCAAAGAGGUUAUUGUCCGCGAGAAGUUGCGCUUCCCCAGUGGAACGGCGUCGGCAUUGAUGCUCAAGGUUCUGCAUGGUUCCGGGAGCAAUGAAAAGACCGUGGAGCCAGAUAACAUGCAUUCUGGAGUCAUCAAUGACAGGAAUGGGUCCACUCCAGUGUCACGGGAAGACACGGGUCUACUAAAAGAUGUCGAUGCUGAAGAUCAAGCUUCCAAAGAACAGGACUGGCGUUCAAAGAUGCGCCUGUUGAUCGGCGCAUUCACAGUAUCUGGCCUAUAUACAUUGUUUUCCUACUUCGUGCCUUUAGUUCGGGAUAUCCCACUGUUUGGUGUGAGUAUGGCACACAACUGGCUGUGGACACUCAAUCCUUCUCCAGCAUACAUUGGACAGGGAAUUAUCAUGGGACCAUCAACGUGCAUGCAUAUGCUAUUUGGCGCCGUGCUUGGGUGGGGGGUUCUAUCACCAUUGGCGAAAAGCCGUGGCUGGGCCCCGGGGCCUGUGGACAGCUGGGAAGAUGGCAGUAAAGCAUGGAUCGUCUGGGUUUCUUUGGCCAUCAUGCUUGCAGACUCACUUGUUAGCCUCGGGUGGCUGAUACUCAAGCCGAUUGUGAAUCGUUUGCCAAAGUGGAUAGCUUGGUUCAAAUCCACACGCACUGGGCAGUGGAUUGCACUCCGACUGAACUCGAGUCAACACGCUUAUAUUAAUUACUCUGCACUGGACUCCGAGUCUCAUGCACUGAAUCAAGAGGAUGACCACCUCGCACAAGGCCAAAAGCCCCCAAGCGAAGAGGAGUAUGACGCUCCACCGUCUCAGCUCAUUUCCACCCGCACAGUGGUCAUCCUUCUUCCAUUGACUCUCUUACUGAAUGUUGUUUGCAUGCACAUUGUAUUCGGUGACAUCAUUUCCCCCUUCCUCUCCACCUUGGCCACUCUCCUGGCUGUGGUACUAUCCAUCAUGGGUGUUCGGGCUCUAGGCGAGACUGAUCUCAACCCAGUGUCGGGCAUCAGCAAGUUGACGCAGCUUCUGUUUUCCCUCGCCACACCGUCAUCGCACUUCUCCAGACGUACUGCUCUGGUCACGAAUCUUCUCGCUGGCGCAGUCUCAGAGUCAGGAGCCUUACAAGCCGGUGACAUGAUGCAAGACCUAAAAACAGGUCACCUACUUGGCGCCAGUCCAAAAGCCCAGUUUUACGGGCAGAUGAUCGGAAGUCUCGUGGGUGCGGUUCUGUCUACGGCCGUCUACAAAUUAUAUGUGAAUGUCUAUGAGGUUCCUGGCGAUAUGUUCCAGACCCCUACUGCUUACGUUUGGAUCUUCACUGCCCGUCUGGUGACUGGCCAAGGCCUACCAGACAUGGCCUGGCAGGCCUCCUUUAUUGCCGGCAGUGUUUGGGUUCUGAUCACUGCCCUGAGAAUCGCGACUGCAUCCCCUGCGUUCUCACACAACGGUACACCCCCAGUCUGGAGAUCUUGGAUACCAGGUGGCAUCGCUGUGGCUGUUGGAAUUUUCAAUGUUCCCUCGUUCACCUUGGCAAGGGCAAUAGGUGGUAUUAUUGCGUGGUGGUGGUCGAAGAAUCAUUCUCAGCCAAUUUCCAACCAAUCAACUGCAGCGGUGAACGCUCAGCCUGAAGCUUCCUCCCACACGGCUCCAAACCCCGAGAGUCUCACUGCACAGAGACAGUUACCAGACCAAGAACCUGAGAAGGCCGAUGCUGCCUCGUCCACUGUCGUUGUGUUGGCAUCUGGUCUCAUUCUGGGCGAAGGAAUCAUGAGCAUUGUGAACCUUCUUCUCGCAAGUGGACGGGUCCCGCACCUCUGA